ACGAAUUAUAUCAUCCUGAAAUGAUCUUAGUAGGGGUGGUAAAAAAACCCAUGAUUUUGUAGUUUUUUUGCAUUUCUAGAGUUUUGUGUGUUAUCCUUUCCCAUCGAAAACACUAAGACUUGAAUUGCUUAUUAACGGGGUUCCUUAUUUUUUUUCUUGACGUUUUAAUAUAAUCGAUCUAGAUCCAAAGAUCUGAACAAUGUCAUUGAACUAAACAAAGGUUGAAACGAAUGGAUUAUGUGGUACCAUCUGCUAACUUAUUAGUUAUAAACCCCAACGAGUAUUUCGAGUUCAAAGAAAGUAAUAUUCGAUCAUUUUUAUAUAUGAAUCCGACAUAUCUCUUUACUACCCAAAACUAACUACACAAAUUUCUUGCUCGAAAGAUUGUAUAUAUCAUACAAAAAUAACCUAAAUAAAGCUCGAGUUUAUACAAAUAAGCCUGUUGGAUGAGUUGUACCACGAUAUAAAAAUAUAUCGAUACAACUAUAGAUUUACAAACCCUCGAAACCCCUUGUUUUCCCCAAAUCCCAUUCGAGAACAUGAAGAUUACCCAUCCGUUAAUCAACUCUUGUCGGGCAUCCCUGUCGAUUACAAUCAUUUAUACAUGAUUGCUCGCUCUUCUUGGCGUCUUAAUUUGUAUUAUCAAUCAAUCAAGAUUCAGUGUUUUCAACAACAACAAAUAUCAUAUAUAAGCUAAUCAGAUAACUAAGUGUUUGCUUGGACUACUUUCUCAUGUCGAAACCAGUGGGUGACUCGAGGUUCCUUUUGAUAAACACGAACCAAACGAAGUCCACACUCGAAAAAAAAUAUAUAUGUCGAAUAAGAACAAUCGUCAAUCGAAAUGAAACUCGAGUUUAUACGGUCAGCCUACAUAAUUGAGCUAAACUGCUACGGUCAAACCCAUCAGCUCAACUCUUACCUUGAAUCAAAUACCGUUGUUGGGCAGAGAGGUAAGGCAAUUUGUCCCUUUCAGUUCUUCCAAUAACUUUGGUUCCACAAACCUCGUGUCGAUGUCGCAGUUUGGAUCGUGGGUUUUCUUUCCUUCUGUUGUUUCCAUGGAAUCAAAUACAUGAUAAUUGGAAUUCCUCAAUUCGGAGGUCGAAUUGGAGGGUGCCAAAUGGGAGGUUGUGAAUGAAGGGAGAGGGCAGAGGAAGACGAAUAUUCCGAUUUUAGAGCUGACCCACAUGAUCAUCAACCGACCUCUGUAGAGAGCCAGGAUUCCUGGCGGGCGGCGGGUUGACUCUUUUUUCGGUUCAUAAUUUGCCAACCAGACCCACUCAAACAAUCAUUGAUGUCGGUUUUCUGUUCUGCAUGUGCUUAAACUAAUCAAGCCAUAAGAAAGAAUCCAGCAGUCCAGGUUGUAACUCCUUUGAGAACAUAAUAGAACUGGAUUUCUUGAGAUAUUGAUCAAAGAUUUCAUUAAUCAUGAGUAGAGGAAUAUGCAUGAAUGUGAGAUGAUGAUCUUUCUUAUUUGAUAUAUAUUAAUCGAGGAGUUUGUGUAUAAGAAGUUGACCUAUAAUAAUAAUAAUAUUAUUGCAUGAGAAAUUGUGUAAUUACUAUUUUUGCUGCAAUUCUACUAUGCUUUAAAUUACAACUUGAAAUUGUACAAUAACGUUAAAAAUACAACUUAAAGUUGUAUCAUAAGGGAAUUUGAACCUUUAGUUGUACCAUAACAUAAAGAUACAACUUUAGUUUGUACCAUAAAGAUAUUUAUAGAAAAAAGUAUAGGUACACCUUAGAUUGUACCAUAACGUCAAAAGCAAAACUUCGAGUUGUACCAUAAAGGCAAAAACCAAAGCACCAAUGCUUUAAAGCAUUGUAAAUUUCCUCUGUAUAGACGAACAAUGGUUUGGCAUAGUAGUAAUAUCACUAGCCUAGAACCUGGAGGUUCCAUAUUCGAAUCUCUUAAGUAAUACCUUGAUCACAAAAAAUGUAACUUAUAUCACCCUUAUAAAAAAAAUUCCUCUAUAGAGAGUGAUAAAUUUUACAAAAAGUGAAAGAGAUGAAUUAGGUGGCAGUAAAUCACUAAAUCAUGUAGUAGUUUAGUUAGUAUUUCGAGUACAAACAAAGUAGAGAGAGUUUUUUUUUGGUUUAUACAAAUAGGAAAGACGUUACCUGCUCAAAUUAAACAAAACAUUAAUGAAACCACACGUUAUAUAUUGUUCGACAAGUUUGUGCACAAGACGCUGAUCGGCUCUGAUUUACUUGCUAUUUAAAACAUAGAUACAUUUGAAAAAGAAAAUACUUAAAGCCAUAUAUAGAGCAAUAGAUUUACGCAAAAGUUAAAACGGAUUAAUUAGGUGACACUAACUUCUAACACUCCCAUGAAUAUUCGAGUUUAAAGGAAGUAACAUUUGAUCAUUGUUAUAUACGAAUACAAAAUGUCCCUUACUACUCAGAACUAACUGAAAUAUUAAUGAUCACACACGUUAUAUUAAAAAAUUCAAUAACUCUAUCCAUUAAAGUUUUGUAUAACUCGAUAACUCUAUCCAUUAAAGUUUUUACCAAGUCAAUUGGUGGAUUUUCUCCCUAAAUUAUUGGACAAGUUUUGUGGAGUGGGCAACCGGAAAUUAGAGCCAUUGUUUGAUGCAAUUUAGCGAACAACGACUCGAAAAUCUCAUGCUUGGAUCGAAGAUCGAAUCAAAAUCUCAUCUUCUAUGAAAUGUUAGUGACAGUUUCUCCAGGAAAAAACCACAACAAAAUCCAAAUCCAAAUUUCAUCCAUGAUGCAUAACAUAUACAAACCAACCGGUCCGACCAAAUUGAGUUAAUUACUUAAUUCCCAAUUAAACUCCCCAAUUUCUGCCCUCCUAGUCUUCGGCCAUUCUUUUCUGUCGCGCGCGUAACCGCUAACUAAUCUCAUCCUUUCCGCCACCUCACUUCCGCAAUGACCAUCUAACCCACCCCGCCCCACCUUAAUUACCUGGCGACACCGAGGACAGAAUAGUAAAACCACACCGAUACAAAAACAACCGCAAACCCUCAAUUUUCCAUACUACCCUCCAAACCAAUCUCCCUUUCCUCCUCCCUCUCCAGGGGCAAAAAAGUCUACCGCCAAUCUAUAAAACCACCGCUCAGAGUUGGUAGGUCGGCUUGCCUCUGUUCCCGAUUACGCUAAAAAACAGAGAGAAAGGAUCAAGAUUUCUCCCCAGUAUAGAAAGAAACAGAGAGAUUCUUCCCUUACCCAUCACGAAUCAAAUCCAAACAAUGGCGACUGGCAAUUCUUCUUCUUCUUCUUCUCCGGCGAAUUCUGUCAAGACCCGGACGUGCCUCUGCUCGCCGACGAACCACCCGGGGUCGUUCCGCUGCAGCCUCCACAAGAACCGGUCGUCGGCGACGAGCAGCCGUCCGUCCCGGAGGGAACUGGCUGCGGCGGCGGCGAUGGCGAAGGCGCUCACGUUGAGGGCGUUCCUGCUGCAGAUCAUCAAGCCGUCGAAUCAGGACCAGAAGCGGCGGAGGAAUUUCCAGCCCAGGCCAUCGAGGUUUUGCACGAUGAACGGCGGCAGCGGCGUGGCGGUUUCGUAAAGACCCGUCGUCGUCGAUUCCUUUUUCUGGGGUUUUUUUUUUCCGAUUGUUUUUUGUUUGUUCUAAGUGAUUCGUUGUUUGGUAUGUAAAUAGGGGGGCAGAAAUUUCUCAGACGGAUCUGUUUUUUGAUUGGAUUCUGAGAAACAGGGGAUAGGUGGGGAAAUGGGAAAUCAAGGUUUUUUUCUUUCUUUCCCUUUUCAGGAAUUUGUUCCAUGUCGUAAUUCAACCUAAUAUAUUUCUGAGUUUAGUUUAAUUCCAUUGAUCAAAGCUCUUUGCGGAAGAUCAGUCGCCAAAUCAAAAGGCAGAGGAAAAAAAGCCUUGUACAAUGCCUUUUCUUGGUGUCACUAAAGCAUUCAAAAGGCAGCCCUAAAGACUCUUUGCUUCGUUGUAAAAGUUUGGAAGAUGCAUAAUGUUAAUGUACAGUUAGUUCUAUGGAGGCCUUAAUUGGAGUGUAGAAUCGUAUGGAAGGCUCGUACGAUUUCUUUAGUAGAGAUUCAUGAUUAGAUCGUUGGAAAUGUACGGUGAUGACGAAGUGCCCGCUUAUGAGUUAUGAUGAGUGGUGAAACCAGAGGAUCCAUGUGGGCAAAUUUACACUGAAUGGGCCUAAUGGGUCGAUUGGUGUUGGGCUAAGGCCUACGGACUAUGGGGCUGGUUUUGGAAUUGGGCCAUGCGCGGUCACUUCAGCGAGAAAUGAUUUCUCCUCAGUCCUCAACGCAUUAGGAUGAACAAGUUGACAUCUCUCAGCGUGGUGUACACCAAUUAAUAUGGCAGAUGCCCUCAAAAUACUGCACAGUUUGUUAAUUACUCUCAAUGAAGAUACAUAUAUAGGGAAUCGAUCCUCUUAUCGGCUAUCGCCAAUUAUACUUCGCACUAUCGACACCAAAAUAAUUAGUAAGGCCGACAACUAUCGAUGCAGGUGAUGAUAACGAGGAAGUGAAACUACAUUGACACAGAGGUUUUGUGAAAGUAAUUGAGCGUCAUUUAUAGCGUUUGUUGAUGUGACUUGAAUCGGACUAUCAGCCGCUACGACUGGAAGUCACGGGGUGUCCCGCGGUGUAUGAGCUCAAUGUUAUUUGGGUUCGUUUUCUGGGCCUGGUUGUAACCGUUUUUCCUUUACCAGAUUGGAUUAGGGUUAGACCUUGGAGAAGUAGUAUAAAUACUUCUCAUACUCGGUAAUUGUAUCUGCUUAAGUAUAGUGAAAUCUAGCUCUCUCCUGCCCAUGGAGUAACUAACACACAUCGUGUUAGUGAACCAUGCAAAUCCGUGUGUUGUGUGCGUGUUUGCAUUUUCGUUUCUUGCAUUGUCGAAUCCUCCUAUUUCCCGAUCUGCAGAAAAAAUCGUGACAACGUUAUUGAUGAUCCAUAGUGUCCUCUACAUAAAAUCGUAUUGGUAUAGUUUAAUUUUACUUUGUUAGCACCACCAUAACUACUUGUUACUAUGUUGUGUGAUAGGGAUGACAAACGGUAAGCAAGUAACCGGCGGUAAACGAUAAACCAAUUACCGGCGGUAUCGAUAGUCGAGUGUGAAAUGGGGACAGUAAACCGAUUACCGGCGGUAUUGAUAGUCGAGUGUGAAAUGGGGACAGUAAACCGAUUACCCAGUU